UGCGGUCCGCGCGGUAGUGUUAUUCAGGUGUAGAAAUAGAAUAUUGAAUAGAGUUGGUACUUAUUGUAAACAGAAGGCAAUUUGGUGCCGGGAGAGUGACACGGUGGUAGAGUUACAAGGAAGAAUGUGAUGAUAUUUAUAUGAUUUAAUCGAGGUUAUGUCCAGAGAGAUGAAUGGAAGGAGAAACACAAUAUUCAUGUUGCUGCUUACUGUAAACCCAUAAAUAUGUGUAUAUAUCUAUAAACUUGUACAAGUGUGAUUGGGUUAACAGGAGUCACAGGAGCAAUGGCAAUUAGCCAAAUCUCGAUGCAUCUGGAGCCGUGGUGUGACUUGAACGGCAAGGUGGUGAUGGUGACCGGUGCGUCCUCAGGCAUCGGCAGGGAUUUCUGUCUCGAUCUCGCCAAAGCCGGCUGCAAGGUCAUCGCGGCCGCCAGACGGAUCGAACGCCUUAAAUCUCUGUGCGACCAGAUCAACCAAUUUACUUUAUCUCGCGAUCCCAACUCCACCACUCUACCAGCCAUGCCUGUUGAGCUCGACGUCAGCGCCGAUGCUACCACCGUCGAAGCCUCUGUUCAGACAGCUUGGGACGCAUUUGGGCGUAUCGAUGCUUUGAUCAAUAACGCUGGUGUUAGAGGUGGCGUGCAUUCUCUGCUGGAUUUAUCUGAAGAAGAAUGGAAUAAUACUUUCAAAACAAACUUAACAGGUUCAUGGUUGGUGUCAAAAUAUGUUUGCAUACGCAUGCGUGAUGCUAAUAUUGGAGGAUCGAUUAUCAAUAUUUCUUCUAUUGCUGGUCUUUACUAUGCGGGGCAGAAACCUGGAAGUAUUGCUUAUUCUUCUUCAAAGGCAGGUGUAAAUGCCAUGACAAAGGUGAUGGCCAUAGAAUUGGCACAGCACAGAAUCAGAGUAAACGCAGUGGCACCAGGACUUUUCAGAUCUGAGAUCACCGAGGGUCUCAUGCAAAAGGAAUGGCUGAAUAAUGUGGCUUUUAAAAGCGUACCUUUAAGAACUUAUGGCACAGCAAACCCUGCACUGACGUCAAUUGUACGUUACCUAGUCCAUGACUCUUCAGAGUAUGUUUCGGGCAACAUUUUUACUGUUGAUGCAGGUUCCAUCUUACCAGGAGUCCCUAUUUUCUCAUCACUCUGAAUCUCAAGGGAAAGACUCCAUGAAGUUUGAAUUUAGUGAUUUGAGUAUUGAAUUUGGUUGAGGAAGAAGGGGAUAGAUGAGACAGAGAGAGAAAAUUUCUUCAAAUUUUAAUGUCGGUAGGGUUAUUAUAAUUUAUGUUCUUAGUCCAUUUUUUUUUUUUGGAAGAACAGUAUCAUCAUUUUCUGUAAUUAUUUGUAAUUUAAUUCUUGGUCGCACAACCAUUGCUAGCAUUUAUCUUAUUAAAUGGAAUGAACAAGUAUCACAGUACAUUAUUUACUCA